ACGGACCCUGAGCGCCGGUUUGUAACGAGUAAAGACACAACUAUCGGCAUAAGGAAUUCCUAUGUACUGUGAUGUUAGUAAACAAUAAGUGUAUAAAUAAAAAUAUCAUAGUGAUUCCUCUGUCAGUCUUAGUGUGAAUUUAAAUGGACAAUCAUGUCUCUUCCGGGUGUUUUCCUUUUUUCACAUUACGUGGAAAGCUUUUGGAGCACGCCACCUCCCCUAGUGGAUUGGUCUGGUGUGCCAACAUUGGUGCUAGCACUGGUUGCAUUGGUGAUGGCAGCCACAGCUUUGCUAACAAGGCCAAUGGAUGGGAAGAGACCAGCUCGGCUGCCGGGACCUCCAGCUUUACCAUUCCUCGGCACAAGAUGGCUUUUUUGGAGUCGUUAUCGAAUGAACAAACUACAUGAAGCUUAUGAAGACAUGUUCAGGCGGUACGGGCCAGUGUUCGCCGAGAUCACGCCCGGGGGCGCUCUAGUCGUCUCCAUUGCUGAACGAUCCGCCCUCGAAGCGGUCCUGCGCACCCCUGCCAAGAGGCCUUACAGACCGCCUACAGAAAUCGUCCAAGUGUACAGAAGAUCGAGACCUGAUAGAUACGCCUCUACUGGACUUGUUAAUGAACAAGGAGAGAAGUGGCAUCACCUGCGAAGGCAUCUCACUUGCGAGCUGACCAGCCCUCACACCAUUCAAGGGUUUAUUCCUGAGCUGAACAGCAUCUGCGACGACUUCCUCAACCUGCUGAAGAACUGUCGAAGGCCGGAUGGUAUCGUGCACGGCUUCGAUCAGCUUACUAACCGCAUGGGUUUGGAAUCGGUAUGUGGACUCAUGCUGGGCACAAGGCUUGGUUUCCUUGAGAGGUGGAUGUCAGGAAGAGCGGCGGCUUUAGCAUCAGCAGUUAAAGCGCAUUUUCGGGCGCAGAGGGAUUCUUACUACGGUGCACCGCUUUGGAAGUUUGCGCCAACUUCGCUAUACAAGACCUUCGUGAGAAGCGAGGAGACUAUUCAUAUGAUAGUAUCAGAACUAAUGGAGGAAGCGAGAUCGAGGACCCGUGGCGCCGCGCAGGACGACGGCAUGCAGGAGAUCUUUCUCAAGAUACUCGCUAACCCUGAGUUGGAUAUGCGAGAUAAGAAGGCAGCUGUUAUAGACUUUAUCACCGCGGGUAUCGAAACGCUGGCGAAUAGCCUCGUCUUCCUUCUAUACUUGUUAAGUAGUCGAGCAGAUUGGCAGCAAAAGAUACGAUCAGAAUUACCCUCCUGUGGAGAACUGCGUAUAGAAGAAUUGGCAGCGGCUCCGUCUGUCCGCGCUGCUGUUAAUGAGGGCUUCAGACUGUUGCCAACUGCGCCAUUUCUCGCGAGGUUGCUGGAUACGCCUAUGACAAUCAGCGGAAAUCGGCUGCCAGCUGGGACGUUUGUGUUAGCCCACACUGGAGCUGCGUGCCGGCGUGAAGAGAAUUUCUGGCGUGCCAAUGAAUACCUUCCCGAGCGUUGGAUCAAUAUUCGCGAACCUCAUGCUUCGGGGAUCGUUGCACCGUUCGGUCGUGGUCGUCGGAUGUGCCCGGGAAAAAGAUUCAUUGAACUCGAGCUACAUUUAAUAUUGGCUAAGAUACUGCAGCACUGGCGUGUUGAAUACGAUGGCGAACUAGACGUUCAGUUCGACUUCCUGUUAUCACCAAAGUCACCAGUGUCCCUGCGGCUAGUCGAGUGGUGAACCAAGCGGCGCGUUUGUUUAUAUUUGCGGCAAGAUACUUGCUCUAUACUUUUGUGGUGAUUUUCUAUUAAACGACACCGAGACGGUAGCGACUGAACCAACCCACUUUAGCUUUAAAAAACAUUAUUUAAAAAUGUUUUCUACAAACAAGGAUCCAUUAUUACCUAGAUCACCCUGCAACCUAAAUACAACAUUACCAAUGUAACGAGACAAACAAGUGAAUUUAUUACUUCUUAUGCUCUAGUGCAUAUAAGUGUUCUAUUUCCACCCGAUUAAAUUGAAAAGCAGAUUGUAUAAUUCGUUAAUAAAUCUCUAUUUAUGGUCGUCUAAUAAAUUAAACUUCGUUGCAUUAAACUUAAGUGGAACGUCUUGGAUAAAAUAGCUGGUUGUGUGCACUUAAUGUGCAUUUUUUUAUUUUCGUGUGGCUUCUAUUAAUUCUAUUAUUUCAAUGGGAAACUUAAAAUAUAUCAUGCCCAAUUUUUUAUCCGUCCCUCAGAGGACAUAAAAUUAGACAGAUGAGUCGCAUAGAGAAUGAGAAGGGUAAAACCAAAAUGAUAUUGAUUCCUUUACUGUACAUUUUUCAUAAGAAACUUAUACAAAAAGAUUGGUUGUGAUUGUCCGUAAAGUGUAAUCUUUCCCGUGUCGAGUCGUUCUCGUUUAAUAGAAAAAACAACCUUUGCUCCAAAUCACGCUCACUGUACUGAUUAUUUUUUAGUGAUAAAAGUCGCUCCUGUGUUGUAUUGUUUUAAGUAGUUCUGUAAGACUCCGUAAUAUAAUGCUAUGGUAAAGGAAGAUUAUUUCGUAAGAAUUUUAAUCGGAAAAAUGCUGAUCUUUCAAUGAAAAAUUAAAGCUAUUGUUACUUCGUUUUGAUUACUAUGCCUCAGCCAUUAAAAUGUGCCUUUAACACAUGUAAACUUUUUUUUAGAAAAACUACUAAAAUCUUUAACUUACUUUGUAAUAUUGGUACAUGCGAUAGAAGUAAAACAUUAGGUUAUUUUCGUACGUCCAUUGUGAUACGACGUCGAAUAGAUUUGAUAUUGCUAUCCUUAUCUAAGGAACUAAAAAAAGGCAGCACUGCUAUAUUCCAUAUGUCAUCUGAAAAUUUCGUAUUAGAUUGUUUAUAUUUAAAGUAAUAGGCUUCCAUUUUGAGACCAAGAUUAGCUAAAGUCAGCUGAGGUCAGUUAAUUUUCACGUUUCCGUUUAAUUUUUUUUUCCCCACCGUUCUUCAGGAAUUUUCCUCCUAAUUAUUUAACUAUUUCUUUACGAGCCUUAUGAAGUGUCACUUUAAGAAUUAACAUUUAGAAUUAAAAACAAGGGUGGGCUGUGACGUGAUAGACCUUUGCUAAUAAUACCUACUUUGUAUAAAUCCGCCCGCGGAAAGAAUGCUUUCCUGAAUGACGUCUGUCAGUGGGCCAAAGAAACAUUAAUUAUGAUUAUUUAUUUGAUUGUCUGGUAUACUAUUCUAUAAACAUAUUAUACUUAUACAUACUAUUCGUAUUUUUAGAAUGUCCUAUUUUUUUUUUCUUUGUUGCAACUGCUCUUUUUACUCUCCAUUUCUUCCACUACCUUAAGUCACUGGUAAAGAUCUCUUAUAGAGAUAAGUAUUUCCGUAUCCACAUCUUUAAUUGUUUAUGAUUAUGUCAGUUCUUUUGGCACGAAAUAAAUUAAUAAAUAAUUAGACUUCUUCUAGCCGAAUAUUUGCCAUUAAAUUUUGGGCACCUUUAUAUUAAAAAAUAUAUAAGUUUAUAUAUCGAUAUAACUACUUUAAAUCAAAUAAAUACAAAUAUUUUCAAAAAUAAAACAUUGUCUCUUCAAAGUUACAUCGUCCAUUCAAUGAAGACCUGUCAGGAAUGCAUUAUUUUCCAGGCCGUAAUAUAUUAUAACCUAGAUAACUUUUUUUGCUGAAGUUUUAACUUCAAAGAUUCUUUGAUUCUUUAUUAAGUACCCUUAUAUAAGUACUGGCAUACAGUUUUUAAUAAGUCGCUUGGGAUACCUUCUCUAAAUACCUUGGUACUUAGUACUAGGUACUUAGCACACAAAAGUUUUUACGUUUGCAUAAACGUAUAACUCUUUCAUGUGGAUUCAAUAUAUUUAGGUUCAUAUCCGCGUCGUUGCAACGUUAAGAACUCUAAAACUUCUAUUCGAAUGUCGUAAAACAUGAGAGUUAUUGCAUAGUUUUUUUUUUAAUUUAAGUUUAAUAUUAAUAACCUCUGAUAAGGCUCAAAAUUCAUAAACAAUCGAUGGGUUCUUAAAGUCAGAUCGAGUAAAUUUAAAAUUAAAUUCUAAUAAUUUAGUUCUAAAUUUAGUUUGUAGCUAUGAGUGAAAUUCCAUAGUGGAAAUUUUUAACAGGGUAUUGGCACAGUCUGCUCAGAUAAAAAACCUCUGUUCUAGCACGAAGAGUUACCAACGCAAAUCUGUACACUAAGCUAAAUUGAGCGGUCUCUUGUUUCACUUGGCAUUGAUUCAAUUUUGGCCUUGGAAAAGGAUAGCACUAUUUUUGACUUGUCAAUUUAGUUUACAUUUAGCAGAAAUAAAACUUUUUUUAGCCAUAUCAUAUGCUAUACAAGACCCUAAAUUAUGGGUAUGUAUAAGCUGCAUACAGAAGCGUUAUAGCUAUUAUACAGCUAUAUUACAGUAUAGGCUCGAACUAAAACUCUUCGUGAUAGGGCUCUUUCUUGUAUCGUGAGAAUUUUCACAAAAUAAAUAUUAAAUAGUUAAGUGUUUUUUAUAUUUACCUAUGCUAAGCUUAGUUCGUAACUGUAAUACGUAGUAAAAUAUGGCUGUGUUAAUAUCAAAAAGCAUAUUUAUAUAAUUAUUAUCAACCAUAAAUACCUCUUUUAGUGAACACUGCAUGCCUACUGUAAUCUGACAGUGAGAUGCUUUUACCUUAUAGGGGUGUAAGUCGCUCAAUCAUCCAGCAUAAAAAUUGGCCACCUAACAAAUGAUCACAACGACUCAACUUACAUUUAAAAAGUUGAGAAAACAUGAUAUGGCCUUCGUAGUCUAUAUCACAAACCAAAAUGAACCGCUUUCUCUAGCAGCACUGCGACCUCUAUAAGUAACAUCAUCUCAUUGCGAUCUGUGCCCCUAGUGUAAGUUUUCCUGUAUCUGUCUUUGAAUAAAACUGUCAAAAUAUGA